CAUGGCGCAUGCGCGCCGCCUGCAUCCGGCAAGCCGGAGUAGUUGGGUGCCGCGCUGUUCUAGUUAUGGCUCCGGACUCGGGGCCCUGCCCUGACGGACAAGUUCUGAAGCUGCUGCCGGUGGAUCCCCGGGACCGGGACACCCAGCGCUGCCGCCUGGGGCCAGCAGCCUUCCGCAGCCUGGGCGCGUGCCUGGGCUCGCCGCUGAGGAUCUCGUUGCCCGACGGCGGCUGCUGCCUCUGCACGGCCUGGCCGCGGCGCGACGGAGCGGACGGCUAUGUGCAACUGGACCUGCAGUGUGCGAGCCCCGGGACCGAGGCGGCCGCGGGGAGAAUCAGUCUGGACUGCUUGCAGCCGGUGCCUUGUCCGCCCCUGCGGCGCCUAGCGGUGUGGCCGGUGCUGCGAUCGCGGGCGGGAGCCCCAAGUCCCGACGCGGUGCUGGAGGUAGCGCAGGAGCUGCUGCGCAACCGGCCGGUGUCGCGGGGACACGUGGUGGCCACUCCGCCGGGAGUCCCGGGCCCUGUGGCAGCGGUGCACGUGGUGGGCGGGACACCAGACCCAGAGCCCGCCGGGUUGGUCACACCGCACACUCGCAUCACGCUCAGCGACAAGCCGCCGCCACAGGUCGAGCCCCCCGGGGAGGUGGCCCUUGGGGGUUUGUCGGAGACGGCAGACUCCCUGCGGGAGCUGCUCCUCCUGCCGCUGCGCUACCCGCUCGCCCUAACUGCCCUGGGGCUGGCAGUGCCUCGUGGGGUGCUCCUGGCAGGACCCCCGGGAGUGGGCAAGACCCAGCUGGUGCGAUCCGUGGCGCGCGAGGCCGGUGCCGAGCUGCUGGCCGUGAGUGCCCCGGCGCUGCAGGGCGCACGGCCCGGAGAGACAGAGGAGAACGUGCGGCGCAUCUUCCAGCGCGCCCAGGAACUGGCCAGCCGCGGGCCCAGCCUCCUCUUCCUGGACGAAGUGGAUGCCCUGUGUCCUCGGAGAGGCAGUUCCCAGCGAGCUCCCGAAAGCCGCGUGGUGGCCCAGGUGUUGACCCUGCUGGAUGGCAUCCAUCGGGACCGGGAAGUUGUGGUUGUAGGAGCCACCAACCGGCCAAACGAGUUAGACCCAGCGCUGCGCAGGCCCGGGAGGUUUGACCGAGAGGUUGUCAUUGGGACUCCCACAUUCAAACAAAGAGAGGCAAUUCUGCGAGUGAUUACGUCAAGGAUGCCAAUCUCCAGUCAUACGGACUUAGGUCUCCUGGCAGAAAUGACAGUUGGCUAUGUUGGUGCUGACCUCACAGCACUCUGUAGGGAAGCCGCCAUGUGUGCCCUUCUGAAGAGCGAGAAGAACCAAAACAGCCCUGAGAUUGAAGAAACAGACUUUCUGGAAGCUCUUAAAAAGAUUCAGCCCUCCUCGUUUCGAAGUUCCGUUGGCCUGACGGACGUCAAACCUGUUGGCUGGGAUCAGAUAGGUGGGCUUGACGCUGUGAAGCUGCGGCUGAGGCAGUGUGUUGAGUGGCCUCUGAAGUUCCCGCAGGAGUUUGCUAGGAUGGGUCUGACACAGCCAAAGGGCAUUCUCCUCUACGGUCCCCCUGGAUGUGCUAAAACCACUCUGGUGAGGGCCUUGGCCACAAGCUGUCACUGCUCUUUUGUGUCAGUGAGUGGAGCUGACCUCUUUUCACCUUUUGUUGGAGAUUCAGAAAAAAUCCUGUCACAGGUAUUUCGGCAAGCAAGAGCCAGUACUCCAGCGCUUGUGUUUUUGGAUGAAAUUGACUCAGUCUUGGGGUCUCGCUCAGUCGGCACCUCGGGAUGUGAUGCUCGGGAGCGGGUUCUUUCAGUGCUGCUGAAUGAACUCGAUGGUGUGGGAGUUAGGCCGGUAGAGAGAAGAGGGAAUAAAUCAAACCAACAGGAGUGUCAAGAGAUUCUUAAUCGGAGUGUCAUGGUUGUCAUGGCGACAAAUAGGCCUGAUGUGUUAGAUGAUGCCUUGCUACGACCUGGAAGAUUAGAUAAGAUGAUCUAUGUCCCUCCUCCUGACCACGAGGGCAGGCUCUCUAUUCUAAAAGUCUGUACAAACAACAUGCCCAUAGGUCCUGAUGUUUCACUGGAAAACCUAGCAGCAGAAACCUGUUUUUUCUCUGGAGCUGACCUUAGAAACCUCUGCAAAGAAGCUGCCUUGUUUGCUCUGCAAGAAGAUGGACUGGAAGCAACCACAGUGAAACAGGAGCACUUCUUAGAGUCCCUGAAGACUGUAAAACCGUCCUUAAGUCGCAAAGACUUGACUUUCUAUGAAAACUUAUUUAAGAAAGGACUUUCUAACUUGGAAGAUAAUUAAAUCUUUAUUUUAACCAGCUUUUCACAUGAAUUAGAAUGUGGACUUGCUUGUGGUUUGCAAC